CAGUUGUAGUGUAAAUGGACAGCAUUAUUGAUGUAGCCACACCUCAACACUGUCUCCUCACUUACAUUGUAUGAAAUACAAAUUUUGAACUUGGGAUCCAUGGUGUACCACUAUAUGUUUUCUAAUAGUGGUACAGUUUUGUGUACAAAUAUGGGCUGGGCAUUCUAAAGUCUGUUGUUCCAUGUUAUCAGCAUGUUAUAUUGGAAAUUUCAACUUCAUUGAUGAUGAUGAUGUCAUUCAGUAUAUCAUUUUUUUUCUUUUUCAGAGCAUGUGGAUCUGCCAGACGUCCAUGACUUCGAUGGCGUCAUGGACUUGAUGAUGGCACUGGAUGGCGUUGAAGUUGAAGAGGAGGUCCAGGUAGACAAUGACAAGGACAUGGUUAAUGCCUGGGCCACGAGAGGAAGAGCAUGUGGAUCUGCCAGACGUCCCUGACCUCGAUGACGUCAUGGACUUGAUGAUGGCACUGGAUGACAUUGAAGUCGAAGUUGGAGGCAAGACAGAGGACGGCGACACAGUGCCAUGGUUCGGCAAAGUAGCUGAUGCCGUUACAAAGAGGAGUCAGAUCAAAGUACAGUGGUAUGUCAUCACUCCAGACCACAGCUACAAGGUGGAGACAGGAGGAUGGGAGCUGACGUGCCACACACUAACAUUAGCACAAAGGCAGUCAUAACCUCUAUAAAAUUCAGCAUUGACAUGACCCUCCCAGAGGAGGAGAUGCUUAGCGUUAUGAAACUGAUGUAGAAUAGUUUUCCAGUUACAUUUCCAUUUGUUUCCCCUAGUUAUUCCUUUGAUAUCGUUUUUUUUAAUACUUGGGCAUAUAUACGUAAGGGAAAUCGUAUUUAAUCGUAAAACCUAAUUUCUGAUAUGGAUAAUUUCGUAAUAACAGACGUAUAAGUCGGUGAGCCGCCCACGCCACAUUCUGAAGUGCAGGAGGGUAAGUUUCUUUUGUAGCUGAUUAUCUACGUGAUACCAUAGGCAUGGAUGCCGAACUGCGGAAAGAAAUCCUGGAGCCCCUUUUUGGUCGAGAUGGGGUAACACCCGCUGAAAACAAAACGGUGUUCGAGAGCCUCAUGUAUGAGGAAAGACAUCAAGCCAGUGAGUUCGCUGUCUAUAGCGAUUAUUUCGAGGGACGGUUGGAGCCCAUGCUCCGGGAGAACUUUGCAACAUCACAGCUUCCUGGCUUCCAACAACGACUCAAGAAAUGGACAAACAACAACUGUGAAGCAUCAACCACAUCUUGAAGCUGGCAAUCCACUGGCAGCCCCAGGCUCUGGGAAACUUGAUCGACAAGCUCCGCGAAGUUGUACGCGGCCAGUGCAUUGAGCUGGAAAGGUGUCUGGUGACUACCAGCUCUGCCCAGAGUUUCGCCAGUUCCGCGUGCAUGAUGUAGUGUGGAUGCGCAUGACAAACGAACAACGUGAGAAGCACCUUAGUCGCUUCAUGCUGUACAAAGCACGUCCAGGGAGGAGGACAACCUGGUGGCGAGCAGCAAGGCUGCGAUGUCCUCCUGGUUGCAGCGGGCGCCUGAACAGGCAGAUGGUGGCAUCCCCGAGGAGCAGCCAAUCCCCGACUUGGAAGACAACAUUCUCGGCGACCUUGAGUAAGAUCAUAGAUGUCAUAGUUGUAGAUCCCCGUAGUGACAGUUUCUGUUCUUGUAGCUCCAUUAUUAUGCAUGUCUACUUAUACGCAGUUCUGUAGCUAGCUGUAUGGCAAAGUAGUAUGUUCGAACACUGUAUCCUGUAUUGUUGAUAAUGU